GCUUCACUUCCUUCGCUGUGAAGAAGCGGGGAGACUGCGAGGAGGGUACGAAGCCGAGGAGGCUGCCCGCUCGCCCGCGCUCCAGCCAUGGGCCCUCCGCUAGCGCUCCUGGGCUGCUGCUGCUGCUGCCUGCUGCUCCUCGUCGCCUCCGCCUCGGCAUCGGAAGGGCUCGGAAAGGGUUUUGGGGAUCACAUUCACUGGAGAACACUAGAAGAUGGAAAGAAAGAGGCAGCUGCCAGUGGGCUGCCCCUGAUGGUCAUCAUCCACAAGUCCUGGUGUGGAGCCUGCAAAGCUUUAAAGCCCUUGUUUGCGGAGUCCAAGGAGAUCUCAGAACUUGCCCACAAUUUUAUUAUGGUCAAUCUUGAGGAUGAAGAAGAACCCAAGGAUGAAGCCUUUAGCCCUGAUGGCGGUUAUAUUCCCAGAAUCCUUUUCCUGGAUCCCAGCGGUCAGGUGCGCCCCGACAUCAUCAACGAGAAAGGAAAUCCCAGCUACAAGUACUUCUACAUCAGCGCUGAUCAGGUGGUUGAAGGGAUGAAGGAAGCCCAGGAAAAGCUGACGGGCGACGCCUUCCGAAAAAGCCACCUGCAAGAUGAGCUGUGAUGGAGCCAGGAGCGUCUUCCCCGAGUAAGAGUGAGCGCAAGAAUCUUCUCCUGGAAAGGCCCCGAGAUGGGCCUCGCACUGGAAGGCAGGACCUGCCCUUCUGGGAGCGGGAGCUCCCCUCUGGAGAAGACCCAGCCUUCCCAUCCCGGCGCACGCUCUGGGAUCCUCUCCCCUUUCCUCUGCCACCUACCCGUGAACGGGCCUCGGAUGAGCCCUCGCCACUCGUGCUCGGCUUCUCAUUGUUUCUUCCCCGUCCUCCGUGCCCUGCUCACAAGGGCACUGAGAACGUGGGCAAGAACCUCGACCUUGAGCAAACCAGCCCGUCACUUUCCUUUUCCAAAGGGAAACCGGAAGGUUGAUCAGUGGCUCCGGCCCACAAGGAAACCAGGGAAUGUUAGCUCCUUGCCCUUGACCUUCCUCCCAUCUCUUUCAUUUUCCCUGUUUGUUCCAGAAAUUAAGUGAACUCUGAAUCAGCGCCCCACCGUCCCCUCCCCUGAGCAAUGCCUCACCUCCUAUAGAUCCAUUCUAGUAAUUUCAUCACACUGUAUUUUUGUACUAGGGUUUGGAAAAUGACUUGUAGUUUAAUUAAACUUUUAAAUAAUGCUUUAAAGGAAA